UUGUAUUCCCAGGAUGAGACAUUUGUCCAUCGUGUCUGUCUACCGUACGCUAUUAACUACCUACUCAUCUCUUGCAAUAAUUUUCAAUUAUGUUUUAUUAAAAAAUAAUAAGACUCACGAGCCGACUGCUUAGUGGUUUUCGUUUCUCAUACUCGCUAUUCGCGUAGCUAAAAAAAAUAUUUAAUAUCUUGUAUUACAUUAUUGUUGUUACCAUAAGGUAGUACAGUGUAUAUUACGCGUGCAAUUUCCAAUUUUUUAUUCUGUUUUUGAAACAUAUGACUAGUGAAAUACAUUAGUAACUUGAAAAUCAACGAAUCUAUUUUGAUAUCUUCGUGAUGACUGCUAAAUACUUGUUCGUGUUACAUAAAUCUACAGCUUUUAAAUUUAACUCAAAGUAAUUUACAUUUCUCAUUCCUUACAGUUAACUACAAUGAAUGACUCCAGUUCAUCAAACGUUGAUGGUGUUUUGAAAAGGAAAAGACAUAACUCUGAAGGUUAUUUACAUAAUGGUACUGUGUCUGGCAAGAGGAUGAAAAUUGACCAUAGUCCUGUUGAGCUCCCAAGUAUUUUAUCUAGAUCUAAAUUACACAGUUCAUCACAGUCAUCCCCGUCGGAUGAUAGUGACCAUCAAUAUUUUACUAAUUUACAAAGAAACUCCAGAGUACGAGCUGACUCUGAUCCGUUUCAAAUUAACUCUGAAAAUAAUGAUUCCUUCCAACAAUUAUCUGUUGGUAAUAAUGGAAGUAUAGAACGACGACCAUUAUCUGAGUUACAAGUUCUGUCUCCAGACUCUCAUUCAAUUUAUUCAGAUGAUAGGUCGGAAUCAGAAGCUAGUAGUCCUGCUCUCAGUGAACCUGCACCAUUAUUAUCUGACAAUGAACUCAGCCCAGAUUGUAUUGAUAGUUCUGAACCAAAGAAAAAUAUUGAAAAUGAUCCACCUACAUAUGUGCCUACUCCACGGUAUUCAAACAUUCAAGAAAAUGUUGGAAGUACUAUAGUUACUACUUGGAGCAAAUUUCGUGACAUGGCCAUCAACCAGAAACCAGUUGCAUUAAAUGACAGACCGUGUCCAUUACCAGAAAUUCCUUGGGGGAAACGUGCAGACUUUUGGCAAAUGAUAUGUAAUAGAGAUUCUGCCACAUUAACUUAUAGGAACCCUGAUUACCAAGAUUGCCAUGAACAUAUAACAUCCCGAAUGAGAGCUAUUCUUUUAGAUUGGCUAAUUGAGGUGUCAUCUGUUUAUAAGCUUCACCGAGAAACAUAUUAUUUAGCCAUGGAUUAUUUAGACCGUUAUUUAUCAAACAGUGAUUCUAUUCCUAAACAAAAAUUACAACUCAUUGGAAUUACUUGUCUAUUUAUGGCUGCCAAAAUGGAAGAGAUAUACCCUCCUAAACUAACUGAAUUUGCUUACGUUACUGAUGGUGCAUGUACUGAUGAAGAUCUGUUAGAUAUGGAGAAAAUAUUAUUGAUGCAUUUGCGUUUCCGUUUGACACCUGUUUCUAUAAACUAUUGGGUAGAAUUGAUGUUGCAAUUCAUUUGUGUUGAUGAUAGCACGGCAGAAGACAGUUUGAUUGUUCCACAAUUUCCUCAAAAUUUGUUCAAUCAGGUUGCUCAUCUUUUAGAUCUAGCUAGUCUAGAUUCAACUAGUUUACGAUACUCAUAUAGUGAAUUAGCAGCGUCUGCACUUACAAUAGUACUAAAUAAAAAAAUUGCUUUAACCAUUUCUGGUUUAUCAGAAGGAAAUGUAUGUAAUUGUGUUGAAUGGAUGUCUGUGUAUUGGAGUGUAAUUCUUGAAGAAUACCAGUAUGAAGAAAUUGAUUUUGAAAAUGAUUCAGAACAAGUUGAUGGCACCCAUGUUAAACAACAACACUUAGUCAGCAUGGAUAUGUAUGAUUUAGCACAGAGUAGAUUUGAACUAAUUCAAUUAUCCCGAGUAAAAGGCCCAGUCACUCCAUCAACCUUAUUAACCCCGCCAUGGAGCGGUAAAAAAUAUCCUGUAACAGCUGAAGAGUGCAAACCCUCAUGUAGCUACAAAUGAUAACUUCUAUACUGAUAACACCAACAGUAAGAUUUUUUAUUGAAACAUGUAUAUCUUACCUUGUAAUAGGUCAUUGUAUUCAGAUGUAUUCUAGUUUUCUGUGUUAAAAAAAUAUUUUAUUUUGAUUGAUCGAUUCUGUCUUGACGACUUAGAUUAUUUAAAUGUGCAAUAAUAAUAAUCUAUUUUUUUUAAAUUAAGUACUGUUGGUAGUUAAUUAUAUUUACACAUGCAAUUUGGAAAUCAGUAAUCAUACUGAAAAUGUUUAUCCUUCUAGUAAAUAGCUGAUUUCUCUCCUUGGAAGUGUAAAAUUAAAGUCAACAAUGUUGAUUGAACUGGUGUUCCUCGUUUUCAUGUUAUGUCAAAUUGCUAAAAAUUAAAAAACCAAAAAAAUAUACUUGGCCAUUAUGUCAAUUACAAUUUUAUAUAUCAAUUACUUUGUACAUUAUAUAUGAUUAUACUAAAUACUUAAUAGGCUCGCGAGUAAUUAAUUAAUAUUAUUAUUACAAAUGUAUUUUAUACAAGCCAUUCCUUCAUAUUACACAAUCUUAUAAUUUUGACUUUUUAUAUCAAAUUCCAUUAUCCUUUUGUAUUCUAGUCUUAUUUAGCUGAUAAUGAUAAAAUUAUUUUGUGUAGUCUCAUAGCAUGUUUUAUUAUGUACAAUUUUUUUUUUGAAACUUUAAAUUAUUAUUUCCUUAUGUUAAGAUGUGCGUAUUUAUGGUUGUAUACUUACUCCAUGCGUUAGUUAUGUAUUUGUAUAUGUGUAAGAUCGAAAUCAACGAUUUUCUAAUGUGCCAGUUUCUUUUUAUGUAAUGCAAUGACCAGAAUUUUUGAAAAAUUUGUAUAAAAUGAUCUCCGUUCAACAUUGAAUUAGUAUUAAAGUAUAUUAUAGAACAUAAAAAAUUUAAAAAAAUGUUUUCAGUUUUUUACUAUGGUUAUGUGAAUUUCAUUAUCUAAAUCUUACAACUUUUUCUUAUUAAAGUAAUCAUUACUUACAUAAAAAAAAA